AGUGUCUGUGGAGACUGCGGACAAGCCGUGGCGGCGUUCCCGUGACGUCACUCAGCAUGGCGGCUCUGGCUGGCUUGAGGGUCCUAGCUGGCGGCGGUGGGGUGACACUAGCUGCACACGCCGCCUGGCGGCAGCUCCCCCACUCUCUGGAUCGCAGGGGAAAGGGGCAGCUGCUGAUGCGCGUGACCUGCGCCGCUGGGGGGCGCCAGUUCAGCUCAGAGGUGAAAAGCGAGGACGAACUGAGGGUCAGGUACCUGGAAGGAGAGGAGCAAGGAAUUGUGGUGCUUGGGAUAAAUCGGCCGCAUGCGAAAAAUGCUAUCAGUAAAGGUCUGGUGAAGUCGAUGCUGAAGGCUGUUGAUUCCCUGAAGAGUAAUAACAAGGUGAGGACUGUAAUCUUGCGGAGUGAAGUCCCUGGAGUGUUUUGUGCAGGAGCAGAUUUAAAGGAAAGGGCAAAAAUGCACCCAAGUGAAGUGGGACCAUUUGUUUCAAAGGCCAGAUCGUUGAUGAAUGAAUUCGCAAAUUUACCAAUGCCCACCAUUACUGCCUUGGAUGGAGCAGCUUUAGGAGGAGGCCUUGAGAUGGCGUUAGCAGGUGACAUCAUUGUGGCAGCUUCAUCUACAAAAAUGGGUCUUGUUGAAACCAAGUUGGCCAUAAUUCCUGGAGCAGGAGGAACACAACGGCUUCCACGUGCGGUUGGAGUUGCAUUGGCGAAGGAGCUUAUAUUCUCUGCACGUGUCAUAGAUGGUGAUGAAGCAAAAUCCAUUGGUUUGGUCAGCCAUGUUGUGGAACAAAAUGAGGAAGGAGACGCCGCUUACCGAAGGGCUGUUGCGUUAGCUAGGGAAUUCAUAUCUCAGGGGCCAAUUGCAGUGAGAAUGGCUAAACUUGCAAUCAACCAAGGAAUUGAGGUGGAUUUGGCAACAGGCUUAGCCAUAGAAGAAGCGUGCUAUGCUCAGGUUAUCCCAACAAAGGAUAGGCUUGAAGGCUUAUUAGCAUUUAAGGAAAAAAGGCCUCCACGUUACAAAGGAGAAUAAGGAAGCACGGCAGUGUCUUUCUGGAGACGGGGACCUUCUUUACGUUCCUUGAAUCAGUACGUGGAAUUUCACAGCCAUGGAAAUUGAAGUCAAUAUUGAAAACAUUACGGCAUCUGGAAUAUGCCCAUACAUGUACCUGUUUGAAGUAUGUGUCUCAGAUCAUUUUGAUAGUCUCUGACAGAGCCUGUGCCUACAUGCACUGUCACUCAUUUGCCUGUUCUAAGUUACUUGAAAUAUUAGGGACUUCAACAGCAAACACUAGUACGUUUCGGAGCUACGCACAAUGGCAAGCCCUUUGUUUUUGUUUUUUUUGCUUUAGCCGCAUUGUAAGUAGAACUCUGUAUACAUUGAAUGUCAAAGUAAUGUAAAAUAAAGCCAUAGAAAUGAUAAAUCAUAUUAUCACCGACAAUGCAUUUCAAUAAAAUGCACAAUUGGGAUGUAAGAACCAAUAAAACCAUUAUAC